AUGGAAUAUCGCAGCGAGGAGGAAGACGAGGAAGCGGGUUGGGAAGAUGUUCGAAAGUCACGCAUUGUGUCAAAGAGGCUGCCUCUCCAAUGGAGUCCGAGGUUCACGGAGAACACGAGAUCUAGCGACUGGGUGAACAAUGACAACGAGGUGCCUUGGAUUGAGUUAAGAGCCGAGAUGAGGAGGCAAAACGGAGAAGUAAAGGGGGAUCGAAAUGAAGACGAGAGUGCGAUUUUCGACUUCCUCCAGGGCCCCGAUGAGGUGGACAGCUGUAUGCCUCAAACCGACAGACUCCUCAAUUUCCUUCAUGGCGUAGAUAUGAAUGCGUUGCGUGCAGAGACAUGGAGUAGACAGGAGCUGCCCGAGGUAGCCUGGGUUGAUGAGAGCAGAUUCAGGGACGGGUUCCAGCGCUCGAGGCCCAACGAGGGUCUUUUGACAGCACACGGUCUUUACAAGCUGAGGAAAAGACGCUUUCCAAUUGGGCAGGGCGGCAGUGGUGGCAGUAGUGGUUCUGAUUAUCAACCCGAAAGGGUUAGCCCUGGCAAUCACGGACGGGCCGCCGCGGCACAUGCAUCCGCUUCCGCAGUCGAGCCACAGCCUGAGCAACCACAGCUGCAACUGCAACCAGAGCUGCAACUGCAACUGCAACUUCUGCAACUUGAACUCGAAGCCAAGACUGAGGCGCAAGCGGCCCUAAACUUGAAGUCCUCUCCCACCAGCGCCGACUUGAGCCUGCGCCCUUCCCUGAGAUCUACCUCAUGCUCAACCGACGAUCCUCACGAUCCCGACGCUCCUGACACUCCUGCAGAUGAGGCGGUUGAGCCAGAUUCUGACUGUCUAAAGAUAUUUGUCCAAAAUCUGGAUCCAUGGGUUGCCUAUGCUCUCAUUGGCACCGCUUCUUACGUCGAGAAGAGCGCUUUUCGCGAUGCCCUUGACCGCUACCUGGCCUCAGAGCCGUUUGUGGGCGUGACAAUCCCAGCUCAACCUUGGCCUGUAUUUCGGCUGGAGUUGCACCUCCCAUUUCCAGUGUGGAAGCAGUCGCAAAACCCGCAUGAGGAUCCGCGGCGUGGUCUGGAUGGUGAGCCUCUGAGAAAUUACAAAGACGUCAGUUUUCUCAACUGGGAGGAUGGACCAACUCGCGAAUACAUUUAUGAGAGCCACGUCACUUUGAUUGUAGUAGGGUCAAACGAACACGCCUGGGAUGCUGUUUGUUUCGAGGACAAUUACUUCGAGCCACCAGACAGCAAGCAUAGCGUACGGGACGCUUACUAUGACAGUCUAGGCCAGGAUGGCAUGCCCGUGGAUCCUCUAUUAGGCGACGACUCCGACUUAAACUUUUCACCCAGGAAACCGCGGGAGUACUUCUUGGCCGCCCUCCUAACCCGCACCAAACAAGUCAAACGCCACUGGCUCCAGAUUGAAGCCAGACUGAAAAAGAGCAAAAGGAUCUAUGAGCGUCGAUACCGCUCAGACUUAUCGGAAUUGAGAGGACGCCACCCCACCCAAGAAGCCGGCAAUCGCGACAGAAAUCUUCAAAGAUUCUCGCAUUGGGUCCAAGAAAUCAGAGACCUGUCAACGCAACUGUCCGAUGACAUUGCCAAAACUGUUGAUGCCUAUAGGGAUUUUAAGUCGGACCACGCCCGCAUUUUCCAUGAUCUCGAUGAAUCUGGGUGUGGUGCUGAGAACCUCCACGAGAUUCUAAAGAUAGUGCGUGACUUGGAAUUGCUGAAGAGGAAUUUCAAAGCCAUGGAAAAACGCUGUGAGGUCACCGCCAAGCGUCUUGACACCGACAACAAUAAUCGUCAAGGGAGGCUGGCACAGGCUAAUAAGGGAAUGGCAGAAGUCAUGAUGAAAUAUGUCACUCCUCUCGGAUUAACAGCAGCCAUCUUCUCCAUGGAUAAGAAGGUGCUGCCUCCUUUUAUUCCGCAAAGUUCGCCGUCCUUUUUUAUCAUCCUUCUCGUAUUAUUCGCCUUUGCGCAUUCUAUCCACCUUCAACCAGCCAAGGUGGUCACCAGAAUUGGAUUUGUUGGAAGGAAGCUGAAGGCAGCGACCACGGAGGUAUUGCUUGUCCGACAGUUGAACCUGAGACCCCCGUGGAACCUGAGACGCCGGCGGAAUCCAGGAAACCAGGGAACAAUUGAAGCUCUGAUAUGA